AUGGCAGACACCUGUUUUUCUAGGCCCUGUGUCCCCACAGCCUCGGCUGUCUCUGUCUGCUCUAGUGACGUGAGCUGUAGCAGCAACAUCUGCCUGCCCAGUUCUGACACAGGCUCCUCCUGGCAGCUGGACGACUGCCCAGAGACCUAUUGUGAGCCCAGCUGCUGUGCCCCCUGCUGCUGCCCAGCCCCAUGCUGCACACCAGCCUCCUGCCUGACCCUGCUGUGCCGCCCAGUCUGCUGUGUGCCUGCCACCUGCCAGCCAGCCUGUGAACCCAGCCCCUGCCAGUCUGUUUGCACCUCCUCCUGCUCUCCAUCGUGCUCCCAGCAGUCCUGUUGCCAAAGCCCUAGCUGUGCUGCCCCUCCCUGUGCGGUGCAGUCCUGCUCCUCUGUCCCACUCUGCUGCAAGCCCAGCUGCUAUAUCACCCUGCCUGUGUGCUGCAAGCCCAGCUGCUGUGUGACCACAGCCUGUUGUCCAGACUCCUCCUGCUGCCAGCCCAGCUGCUGCCACCCUGCCUCCUGUGUGUCCCUCAUCUGCAAGCCAGUGUGCAGACCAGCCACCUGCUGUGUGCCUCUCUCCUGCAGACCCUCCUGCUGCACCACCACAUCCUCCUCCUCUUGCUGCUGUGCACCCUCCUGCUGUCCAGCCCCCACCUGCUGCCGUCCUUCCUCCUCUGUGUCCCUUCUCUGCCGGCCCACCUGCUGCAAACCCUCCUGCGGCACUACCACCUGUGGCCAAAAAUCUUGCUGUUGA